AUGUUUCAAACUUUCGAAAGUCACGCACAUCAAUGGGUAGAUAGAUAUACAAUAGCAGUCAACCAAUAUUGUGAAAAAAGCUUUGCAGAAACCCCAUCAAACCAAUCAGCCCUCGAAAACUACAUUCGAAUCACCUCAUCCCAAGACAUUCCACCCAUCACACCAUCCCAAUUAACUUCAAACUCGAAUUUAAAAACCAAUUCAGAUAAUCUAAAUGAAGAUGAAGGAGUAGUAGAAGGAAGUGGAAUGAGAUCAUAUGAAGUCGAUCCAAAACUAACCAAACCAAUCGUUCUAGGCUCUAACAAACUAAUCCCGAUCUCACCAGCUUAUAUAGACAACGACAAAGAUUUCGAACGUCAAGACCCAUCGAAUGUAUACCAUCAAUUCUCAAGUAUUGAUAAAACCUAUAUCUCUCUUUCAGGAAACUUAUAUCAAUUAAGAGAAGUUAUAGAUUAUUGGUUACCAUUGUCAAAGAUUUCAGAAGGAAGAAUUAAAUGGUUACCUUCUAAAUUAAUUGAAGAAAUUAGGAUUAGAACUAUAAACGAAUUGAAUUUCAUUCAAAAUUGUUUUACUGAAAGAUUACAGAUUUUGAAUAAUUCACUUUGUAAAUUGAGAGAAGGCUCAUUUGGUGGUAGAUUAAAUACCAAAUCACUUACAAAUGUACAAAUAUGGGAAAGAGUUACGUUUUCAUUAUUAUUGAAAGUCUUGGGUUUACCUGCACUUAAUGCUGGACUUCAACAUGAUUUUCCUGGUUAUGAUGCUGAACUUAAUUAA